AGAAGGCCGCCGCGAUGGAAGACUUGCUGGAUUUGGGCGAGGAUGUGCGCCGGGACUCGGCGUUCUCCGGCGCCAAGAUGGGUCGCCGAGCUCAACAAGAACCAGCCCAAGCUGAGGACUAUUUCAGUAGCAAGAAUUCUUCAUUGCCUCUGACUGGAGAGGCCCCUCCUCCAAAACCACCUCGAAGGCAGGGAGGCUGGGCAGUUGAUUCUGGAAAGGUGUCAAAAUUGGUCAAGAAAGCUCCUGAAGAGAUAGAAGAUCGUCGCCUCAGACAGAAGAGCCUGUACGGAUCAGAUGAUGGAGGAGAUAUUCCCAUCAUCCCAGAUCUGGAAGAAGUGCAAGAGGAAGACUUUGUUUUGCAGGUGGCAUCCCCUCCAAGCAUCCAAGUGAACCGGGUGAUGACCUACCGUGACCUGGACAAUGAUCUCAUGAAGUACUCAGCCUUUCAGACGUUGGAUGGUGAGAUCGAUCUGAAGCUCCUCACCAAAGUACUUGCACCAGAGCAAGAAUUGCGAGAGGAUGACGUUGGCUGGGACUGGGACCAUCUGUACACGGAGGUGUCCUCUGAGCUUCUCAGUGAGUGGGAGCUGCUACCUGAGACGGAAGACGACCCCGAGGUAACCCCUCAGAACACCUGAGCUCGGAACCUCUGACUGGACUUGAGCAAAUGCAAAGAGCCUAAAACCAAAGGAGCUCGCAGCAGCAUCGAAUUUUUAUAUGAAAUAUUUUGUAAUAAAAGUAUUUUCAGUAGACCACAUUGGAUCAUACAAAUGCAAUAAAUGGCUUUAUUCUGUGGUCA